GCGCUGCCCGAGAAACGCAUCGCAUCGCAUCGUCGUCGUCGUCCCCCGUUCGCCAGCCAAACAACAAACCGAAACCGAACGGCGAGCGAUCAUCAGUCGCUCUGCGGACGCCGAGAGUCGUGCGCGCGUGUUGUUACUUCUUCUCCUGUGUGCUUGUUGCCCCAGUGCCGCUGCCGCCGCCGUUCGUAUACGUUCUUUUCGAACACUUUAAACUCUCUCUCAAUGCGCACACCGUUUUCAAUAUACAGAUACAGAUACGUUCAAACUAAGUAAAGUGGGUGUGUUUGUGUGUGUUUCGUGGAAGAAAAUGAAGAACAACAACACAACAACAAUAAUAACACUGACAGCAGUAACACUCCACGAGUGAACGAGAUUGUUACUUAUUCCAGUAACUUUAAAUUUAAUUUUUCUUUUCGAAAUUUGCGACGCGAUAUCGGCCAGUGGUGGUGAUCGAAUCGAGAAAGAGUUAAAGUUAUGUUGCGGUCCGAGGCACGAGUGAGAGACAAGAAACAGAAAUAGAUACAAAAAGAAAGGGGAGAGAAACGUGAACGACUCCCUUGUUGCAUCGACGAUUCCUCCUACAUCCCUGAUUCGGAUUAUCGUGUUUUGUUUUUUUAAAUUUUUGGAUUAGACAAUCUAGUUAGUUGUUGUUGCUGCUGUUUCUACGUUCUUUUGGUUUUGUUUAUCUUCGAACCUGGCAGCCGCCUACUUCACCGUCACCGCUCUUUGGUGAGAUGAUCGCGGCCAGGAAGAAGAUGAGACACCUUGGAAGGCUGACUUCGACGUUGCUGGUGUUCAGCUCGUUCCUGUGCUGCGUGCAGUCGGCGCCCGCGAAACCCUUGAACGAGCGCUCCAACGAGUUGACGUGGCAGGCGUGGCUCCUGGUGGACGACCAGAAUCAGAACAAGCAGUACGAUCCGGACGCCCUCAUCCGACGGCGAAUCACACCGAAGAGCGUCUUCAUAGCGCCCACGUUCAGCCCGGAGGCGUUGCCCGACUGCGCCGACGGUUUCACCGCCGACAACAUGGGAAAGUGCGUCAAGAUCAUCGAGAUCGAUAAGGACGCCCACCUGGACUUCAUCUUGACGCGUCUGAACGAGCAGUUCGGCACGUUCGAGGAGUUCGCCGAUUACGAGGACGACACCGGUUCGUCCACGGAGGGUCCAUUUAACGUGAAGAUUCCGCUGGACGAGACGAACGGGGGCGGCGGCGGCGGAUACGACGACGAUGAUGGUGAUACGAACGUGGCGAUCGUCGUCGCGCCGACGAACGGCAACUUCGCCGCCCUCGCCAACGACACGCUCAAAUUCAAAAGGGGAAACGCGACGGCCGUGGACGCUCCUCUGAUCGUCACCAAGAUCAAUAUUGACAACUCGGCGACGGAGGACGAAACACCCACAACGGAAACGAUCCCCAUCACUACGACGACGACGACGACGACAGAGUCGAGUACAGAUGUUGUUGAUGUGGACGAAGAGUCCGAGAAGACGACGACGAUGUUGAGCGAAGAGGCGGCGGUAGCCGAGACGACGACAGUCGCGCACCAGGAGGAGCAAGCGCUAUUCUUCAAGGUGCCGCCGAACGCGUCGAGGCCGCACGAGGAGCCGAUGACAUCCGAGGACAAGCACACCGAGAACUUUGUGCGCUUCCCCGAAUCCACAUCCACCAAGACGAAGGCGUUCGAGGAGACGCAGCAGAUCAUCAGCCAGCUCCUCCCGCACGCCAACGUCAAAAGCAAAUACGAGGAUCUGAACAUCUUCAACGAGUACACGCCGCACAAGACGAACGCGUACAAGAAUCGCGACACCGUGCACCAGGAUUCGUCGUCUUUGUCGUCGUCAUCGUCCACAGUCAACGGUGACGACCCGAAGCGCGUCUUCAACCAUCGCAAUCGGGACAAGCACUGGCAAUUCCCGACAGCCUGGAGGACCGUUCCGCCGCAGAAGCCGCUCGUCCUCCGCUUCAACCAGAACAGCAAACAUCACGCCGGCUCCUUCUACCAGCAUCACCCCAGGCAGGAUCAGGGCGUGUACCGCGAGGUCCCGCCCGAAGACCUCUCCUACAUAUUCGGAUUCAAACGCGCCCUCUCGCACAGAUGAUCCGCACUGUGAAUAUAACCCAAGCCCUCCCUAAUCAACAAAAAACAAAAUAAU